CCAUAGAGAUAAACCUUAUUAUUAUAUAUAUUACGCAAUGUCCUUGAUAAGUAAACUUGUUUACUUAUAAUCAUGCUAGGGAAAAGCCACAGAAUAAAUUAAUUAGGUAACACAUUGUAUACAAAUCAGUUGUGUUCCUACUGCUCCUCAACUUGAUCUAGGUAUUCAAUUGGAAUUAUUUAAAAACAUCUGUAAGAAAAAGAUGGCUUUUAAACAUUUUUUCCUUUGUUUGUUAUUAUGUUUGGGGAUUUUACAAAUCGGAAAUUCUUCAAAAUUGACAAAAGGAGGGUCUCAUGAUAUUAAGAAAAUUUUGGUAAUCGGAGCUACCGGUCAAGCUGGAUCCAGAAUGGUAAAGGAAGCAGUGGAUAGAGGUUUACAAGUUAGGACCUUCUCUAGAAACACGAGUAAGUUAUCUGAAGAUGUUAAAGACAAAGUAGAAGCAGUAGCAGGAGAUAUCCAAAACUACGACGAUGUUCAAAAAGCUGUCAAAGGAGUCGAUGCAGUUAUUGUUGCUAUUAGUCCUCGCAGUUAUGAAGAUACUUCCAAGUACAUGGCGAAAGGUGUGCAAAAUGUCGUUAAAGCCAUGAAAGCGGAAAAUGUUGAGAUAAUCAAUGUUUUGUUAUCUGUUUUUACAAUCAUGCCAGUAGAAGAAAUACCACCAUUUUUCAGAAAUGCAAUUGAAGAUCAACAUGCUAUGCUUGAAGCUCUACAAAAAUCAGAUUUAAAAUAUAUUGCUUCCUGCCCACCUAAUUUCAUUACAACAUCAUUUGACGCUUACGAGGCUAAAAUUGGUGGUAUGCCUGGUGGAAGAAACUUCAAUGGUGGAGUAAACGUAAUUUCUCUAAACCAACUUGGCAAAUACUUCAUCGAUUCCUUGUCAGAACCCAGAUAUUACGGAAAAUUAGUUGGAGUUCGUAAUAAAGUUGUUCACAAACAAGGAGUUAAAGCUUAAACAAGACACUUCGAUUUAUUCAU